AUGCCUACCUGCAUUCUCCACAACGCUUUUCUGCCAAGUGUAUUGGACGAGGUCUUCAACGAACUCGACGACGUCCUUGACCACAUCCCCUUGGUGGCAUUACCUGCUUGUUCUCCCUCCAAGAGAAGGAGGGAGGAAAAAGCGCUUGGCGACGUCUUCGACCAGAUGUCUCUGGUGGAACCGACUAUUUCUCCUCCCACAAAGAGAAGGAAGGAAAAGAAAGCCGUCAUGGGCCAAUUUGACAAGGUUACCAAUGACGAGUCAAAGUUGACAAUCGCAUUGAAUGUUUCGAAAUUUAAACCAGAUGAACUGAAAGUGAAUAUCGAUGGCCAAACCCUUACGGUAGAGGGUAAACAAGAGGUUAAAGAUGGCUCGAACGACACGGCCAGGUGGGUCUUGAGUCU